AUGCGGGAGGCGGAGUGGGCUACGUUACUGGCAAUUGAUGAUGUUGAUGCCUUAAGUGUUGAUGCUGAAUAUGCAUGUACUGUUGUAGCUGCGUGUGUUGCUACAACGGUGCCUGUUGUUGCUACAACGGAGGCUGUUGUUGCUACAACGGUGCCUGUUGUUGCUACAACGGUGGCUGUUGUUGCUACAACGGUGGCUGUUGUUGCUACAACGGAGGCUGUUGUUGCUACAACGGUGGCUGUUGUUGCUACAACGGUGGCUGUUGUUGCUACAACGGUGGCUGUUGUUGCUACAACGGAGGCUGUUGUUGCUACAACGGUGGCUGUUGUUGCUACAACGGUGGUUGUUGUUGCUACAACGGUGCCUGUUGUUGCUACAACGGUGCCUGUUGUUGCUACAACGGAGGCUGUUGUUGCUACAACGGUGCCUGUUGUUGCUACAACGGAGGCUGUUGUUGCUACAACGGAGGCUGUUGUUGCUACAACGGUGGUUGUUGUUGCUACAACGGUGGUUGUUGUUGCUACAACGGUGCCUGUUGUUGCUACAACGGAGGCUGUUGUUGCUACAACGGUGGUUGUUGUUGCUACAACGGUGCCUGUUGUUGCUACAACGGAGGCUGUUGUUGCUACAACGGUGGUUGUUGUUGCUACAACGGUGGUUGUUGUUGCUACAACGGUGGUUGUUGUUGCUACAACGGUGCCUGUUGUUGCUACAACGGUGGCUGUUGUUGCUACAACGGAGGCUGUUGUUGCUACAACGGUGGCUGUUGUUGCUACAACGGUGCCUGUUGUUGCUACAACGGUGCCUGUUGUUGCUACAACGGAGGCUGUUGUUGCUACAACGGUGGCUGUUGUUGCUACAACGGUGCCUGUUGUUGCUACAACGGUGCCUGUUGUUGCUACAACGGAGGCUGUUGUUGCUACAACGGUGCCUGUUGUUGCUACAACGUGA